CAGCCCCCAGUGUGUGGCAGCGGCGGCGGCGGCGGCAGCGGCGCGGCGAGGCUGAGGCUCUUGUUUACCAGCAUUAACUCCGCUGAGCGGAAAAAAAAAAAAAAGGGAAAAAAACCUGAGGAGGAGCGAGCGCACCGGGCGAACUCGAGAGCGGCGGGCGAGCGAGAGGGACGCUGCCAGCGAGCCUGCUCCAGGCGCGCCCGUGCCCGGCGCUCGGAGACCCUCGGCCCCGCUCCCCGGGCCCUCCACGCCCCUCCCGCGCCGGGGGAGCUCCACGGCGCGCCGCGCGCCUCGGCUUUGACCUUCAGCUCGCCGGAGCCCCCGCGCGCGGGGCCGGCGGCGCGGCAGGCGGGGGCCGGGCGGGGGCUGGCGCGGGGCGGGCGGCGGGAGUGCUGAGCGCGGCGCGGGCGGCCCGCCGCUUUGUGUGUGUCCUGGUUUUGGGCAGGAGCUCCCGGCGGCGGCGCCGAGGGAGGCGGCGGCGGCGAGCGGAGUCCGGAGGACCAGCAGGCGGGGAGCCGCUCAUUCAUUUUCGCUCCGCAUUUCGGCCCGACCGGCCUCGCCCGCGCCGGGGACUUCGGGGCGAUCCUGCGAACUGCGUCGCGCCCUCCCGCCGCUGAGGCUCGGGCGGCGGACAGCUUCUCCCCGGGGCCGGGGUCAGGUUUGUUCCGCCUGGCCCGGACGGAUUUGGGCUUUGCCCCCUCUCCCUGCAGUUUCUCCCCCCUCCUACCUCUCUGGUUUGAAAAUGGAGGCCGACGACGCCGACAGCCCGCCCCGGCGCGCCCCGGGUUCCCGACUCGACCGAGCCCUGGGCUGCGGCUGCCGGCGCUGAGGGGCCCGCCGAGCCGCCCGCCCCGUCCGCCGCGCUCCGCCUUCGGAGUAUUGUUUCCUUCGCCCUCAUCUGUGCAAGGGGGGCGAAGACUGCGUUGGAGACUUUUUUUUUUCUUUUCCUCCCCAACCCCUUUUAUUUUUGAGAAAGGGGAAUCGCGUCCCAAAUCAAAGGAAUGAAGUCUGGCUCCGGAGGAGGGUCCCUGACCUCGCUGUGGGGGCUCCUGUUUUUCUCCGCCGCGCUCUCGUUCUGGCCGACGAGUGGAGAAAUCUGCGGCCCCGGCAUCGACAUCCGCAAUGACUACCAGCAGCUGCGGCGCCUGGAGAACUGCACGGUGAUCGAGGGCUACCUGCACAUCCUGCUCAUCUCCAAGGCCGAGGACUACCGCAGCUACCGCUUCCCCAAGCUCACGGUCAUCACCGAGUACCUGCUGCUGUUCCGCGUGGCCGGCCUGGAGAGCCUCGGCGACCUCUUCCCCAACCUCACGGUCAUCCGCGGCUGGAAGCUCUUCUACAACUACGCCCUGGUCAUCUUCGAGAUGACCAACCUCAAGGACAUCGGGCUGUACAACCUGCGGAACAUCACCCGGGGGGCCAUCCGGAUCGAGAAGAACGCCGACCUCUGCUACCUGUCCACCGUGGACUGGUCCCUCAUCCUGGACGCGGCCUCCAACAACUACAUCGUGGGCAACAAGCCCCCGAAGGAGUGCGGGGACCUGUGUCCGGGGACGGUGGAGGAGAAGCCCUUGUGUGAGAAGACCACCAUCAACAACGAGUACAACUACCGGUGCUGGACCACCCACCACUGCCAGAAAACGUGCCCGAGCGCGUGCGGGAAGCGGGCCUGCACGGAGAACAGCGAGUGCUGCCACCCGGAGUGCCUGGGCAGCUGCAGCGCGCCCGAUGACGACGCGGCCUGCGUGGCCUGCCGCCACUACUACUACGCCGGCGUCUGCGUGCCCAGCUGCCCGCCCAACACCUACCGCUUCGAGGGCUGGCGCUGCGUGGACCGCGACUUCUGCGCCAACAUCCUCAAUGCCGAGAGCAGCGACACCGAGGGCUUCGUGAUCCACGACGGCGAGUGCAUGCAGGAGUGCCCCUCGGGCUUCAUCCGCAAUGGCACCCAGAGCAUGUACUGCAUCCCCUGCGAAGGCCCUUGCCCCAAGGUCUGCGAGGAAGAAAAGAAGACGAAGACCAUCGACUCGGUGACAUCCGCGCAGAUGCUCCAAGGCUGCACCAUCUUCAGGGGCAAUUUGCUCAUUAACAUCCGACGGGGCAAUAACAUUGCCUCGGAGCUGGAGAACUUCAUGGGGCUCAUCGAGGUGGUGACGGGCUACGUGAAGAUCCGCCACUCCCACGCCUUGGUCUCCUUGUCCUUCCUCAAGAACCUUCGCCUGAUCUUAGGAGAGGAGCAGCUCGAGGGGAACUACUCCUUCUACGUCCUUGACAACCAGAACCUGCAGCAGCUGUGGGACUGGGACCACCGCAACCUGACCAUCAAGGCGGGCAAGAUGUACUUCGCCUUCAACCCCAAGCUGUGCGUCUCCGAAAUCUACCGCAUGGAGGAGGUGACGGGGACCAAAGGGCGCCAGAGCAAAGGGGACAUAAACACCAGGAACAACGGAGAGAGGGCCUCCUGUGAGAGCGACGUGCUGCACUUCACCUCCACCAACACCUGGAAGAACCGCAUCAUCAUAACGUGGCACCGGUACCGGCCCCCGGACUACCGGGACCUCAUCAGCUUCACUGUCUACUACAAGGAGGCGCCCUUCAAAAACGUGACGGAGUACGACGGCCAGGACGCCUGCGGCUCCAACAGCUGGAACAUGGUGGACGUGGACCUGCCCUCCAACAAGGACAUGGAGCCGGGCAUCCUGCUGCACGGGCUGAAGCCCUGGACGCAGUACGCGGUGUACGUGAAGGCCGUGACCCUCACCAUGGUGGAGAACGACCACAUCCGCGGGGCCAAGAGCGAGAUCCUGUACAUCCGCACCAACGCCUCAGUUCCUUCCAUCCCCCUGGACGUUCUCUCGGCGUCCAACUCCUCCUCUCAGCUGAUCGUGAAGUGGAACCCGCCGUCACUGCCCAACGGCAACCUGAGCUACUACAUCGUCCGGUGGCAGCAGCAGCCCCAGGACAGCUACCUGUACCGGCACAAUUACUGCUCCAAAGCAGACAAAAUCCCCAUCCGGAAGUACGCCGACGGCACCAUCGACAUCGAGGAGGUGACGGAGAACCCCAAGACUGAGGUGUGCGGGGGCGAGAAGGGGCCGUGCUGCGCCUGCCCCAAGACCGAGGCGGAGAAGCAGGCCGAGAAGGAGGAGGCCGAGUACCGCAAGGUCUUCGAGAACUUCCUGCACAACUCCAUCUUCGUGCCCAGACCCGAGAGGAAGCGGAGAGACCUCGGGCAAAUUGCCAACACCACCAUGUCCAGCCGAAUCCGAAACAGCACGAUGCCGGACACCUAUAAUGUCACAGAGCUGGAGGAGCCGGAGACGGAGUACCCGUUCUUCGAGGCCAGAGUGGACAAUAAGGAGAGAACGGUCAUUUCCAACCUGCGGCCUUUCACCCUGUACCGCAUCGACAUCCACAGCUGCAACCACGAGGCCGAGAAGCUGGGCUGCAGUGCCUCCAACUUUGUCUUUGCGAGGACCAUGCCUGCAGAAGGAGCAGACGACAUUCCCGGGCCGGUGACCUGGGAGCCGAGGCCUGAGAACUCCAUCUUCCUGAAGUGGCCGGAACCCGAGAAUCCCAACGGGCUGAUCCUGAUGUACGAGAUAAAAUACGGCUCGCAGGUCGAGGAUCAGCGAGAAUGCGUGCCCAGGCAGGAGUACAGGAAGCAUGGAGGGGCCCGGCUGAACCGGCUCAACCCGGGGAACUACACGGCCCGGAUCCAGGCCACCUCUCUGUCUGGCAACGGCUCGUGGACGGAACCCGUGUUCUUCUACGUCCAGGCCAAAACCACGUACGAGAACUUCAUCCACCUCAUCAUCGCGCUGCCGGUCGCUGCGCUGCUCAUCGUGGGAGGGCUGGUGAUCAUGCUGUACGUCUUCCACAGGAAGCGGAACAGCAACAGGCUGGGGAAUGGCGUUCUCUACGCUUCCGUGAACCCAGAAUAUUUCAGCGCGGCGGACGUGUACGUGCCGGACGAGUGGGAGGUGGCCCGCGAGAAGAUCACCAUGAGCCGGGAGCUGGGCCAGGGCUCCUUCGGGAUGGUGUACGAGGGGGUCGCCAAGGGCGUGGUCAAGGACGAGCCCGAGACCCGGGUGGCCAUCAAGACCGUCAACGAGGCCGCGAGCAUGCGCGAGCGCAUCGAGUUCCUCAACGAGGCUUCGGUGAUGAAGGAGUUCAACUGCCACCACGUGGUGCGUUUGCUGGGCGUGGUGUCGCAGGGCCAGCCGACGCUGGUCAUCAUGGAGCUCAUGACGCGGGGAGAUCUCAAAAGCUAUCUCAGGUCUCUGCGGCCGGAAAUAGAGAAUAACCCAGCCUUCCAUCCCCCGAGCCUCAGCAAGAUGAUCCAGAUGGCCGGGGAGAUUGCGGACGGCAUGGCGUACCUCAACGCCAACAAGUUCGUGCACCGAGACCUCGCUGCCCGGAACUGCAUGGUGGCCGAAGACUUCACGGUCAAGAUCGGAGAUUUCGGCAUGACAAGAGACAUCUAUGAGACUGACUAUUACCGGAAAGGAGGGAAGGGCCUUCUGCCCGUGCGUUGGAUGUCCCCCGAGUCCCUCAAGGACGGCGUGUUCACCACUCACUCCGACGUCUGGUCCUUCGGGGUCGUCCUCUGGGAGAUCGCCACGCUGGCCGAGCAGCCGUACCAGGGCUUGUCCAAUGAGCAAGUCCUGCGCUUCGUCAUGGAGGGCGGCCUUCUGGACAAGCCGGACAACUGCCCCGACAUGCUGUUUGAGCUCAUGCGCAUGUGCUGGCAGUACAACCCCAAGAUGAGGCCCUCCUUCCUGGAGAUCAUCGGCAGCAUCAAAGACGAGUUGGAGCCCGGCUUCCAGGAGGUGUCCUUCUACUAUAGCGACGAGAACAAGCCGCCCGACACCGAGGAGCUGGACCUGGAGCCGGACAUCAUGGAGAGCGUGCCGCUGGACCCCUCGGCCUCCGCGUGCUCCCUGCCGCUGCCCGACAGAUACUCAGGACACAAGGCCGAGAAUGGCCCGGGCCCCGGAGUGCUGGUGCUGCGGGCCAGCUUCGACGAGAGGCAGCCUUACGCGCACAUGAAUGGCGGCCGCAAGAACGAGAGGCCCCUGCCCCUGCCCCAGUCGUCCACCUGCUGAUGCGGGACCGCAUCCCAGCGGAGGGCGCUGCGCGCAUGCGCGUGUGCGGCGGGCGGGUGGGGGGCGGGGUCUAACCAUCUGUCCACAGCCUCCUGUACCUCAGUGGAUCUUCAGAACAGCCACGCUGCCCACGGGAGACGGCUUCUCUGCAGUAAACACACUUGGGAUGUUCCUUUUUUCAAUAUGCAAGCCGCUUUUUAUUUCCCUACCCAAACCCUUAACUGACACGGGCCUUUAAGAACCUUAAUGACAACACUUAAUAGCAACAGAACACUUGAGAAUCGAGUCUCCUCACUUUUCCCUGUCUCUCUCAUCUCUCUCUCUCCCUCUCUCUCUCUCAUCUCAUCUCUCUCUCUCUCUGUCCUCUUUCUCCCUCUCUGUGCUUCAUAAUGGAAAAAGCAUUUGCCACCAGCCCAGCCCUUUUUAUCAGAGUGAGGACAAUGGCUGUCCCUCCCCGUGGUCCCAUCUUGCUCCCAUACACACCUGCCUGUCACCGUAGGUCUUUAUAAAAAACAACAAAACACGUCGCGAUGGCAUUUUUUUUAAACUCGAUCUUGAACCUUUUUAGGAACACCUGAACUUUACCAAGGGCCAUCCUUCACCCAAGGUUGUCACCAUGUUAACGCUGCCAAAUUCUGCCAAAACCCGGGACGCGGUCCCGCACGCCCCCUGCGCUUGUUUUCUGGUCUCCAGAGGCACGGGGUGAGCACGGUCCCCGGGCACUCCUGGGAGAGCCACGCUGGUGCAGCCCCGCAGCUCACCGUCCCCCCCGGUGUCCUUUUCAAGUUUCAUGUCCACGCAGGUCAUUAUUUGGGGGAACUGGACAGACGGGGCUUGCUGUCAGAGAGGAUGGGGAGGAGCGCCCCCUGGCUUCCCCGCUCUACCUCCCCGCCCGCACCUUCUGGCUCCAGCGAUGCUGAGGCAAACCCGCCCCCUUGAGGGAGAGCCUGGCACACGGGCGGGCCCGGAGCAAAGGUCACCCACGUGCCAGGCUCCUGUCUCCACCCCCUCAGCUCCCCCCUCCCCGCCCCCCAAGGACACAGAUUAGAAGGGGUUUCCAGGGACUGAGCCCAACUGUUCACGCAGGUUUGCGAGGAAAGCAAUUCCAACAGCACCACGACCGUGAGAAGAAAAGCGGUACAUGGACCCCAGCGUUCUGAGCUUUGUCGACAUUUUCUCUGUUACUAGGACUUCUUCGCGGCUCUGACAGUUCUAUGUUAGACCGCGGACCAUUUGCAUACACAUCGUCUUUAAUGUCACUUUUGUAACUUUUUUACGGUUCAGAUAUUCAUCUAUACGUCUGUACAGAAAAAAAAGAAAGCUGCUAUUUUUUUUUUCUUGUUCUUUAUCUUUGUGGAUUUACUCUAUGAAAAUCUUCAGGUCUACCCCUCUCCCUUCUCUGCUCACUCCAAGAAACUUCUUAUGCUUUGUACUAGACUGCGUGACUCUCUUCCUCUUCUCGCGGUAAUCGACACUUCCGGAACGUGAUUUGCCAUGAACUGCUGGAUGCCUUUUGAUAAAUCCGCCCUCCCCUCCCCGCUCCCCCGCCCCGUUAGUUCUCCUCGGACCUGCAGUCUCGCUGGGUCCGAGGCUGGCGAGGGGCGGGGGGCGGGGGCGGAGAGGCGGCCCUCUCUCAGCCCGCCCUCGCUCGGCGUUGGAGUCGGCUACCGCGCAAGACGUGAGACAGACUCAGGUCAGACAGCAGAGGUUCACCUUAGCACGUCCUCGCUCAGCGUGUGCGGUCACCGUGGUGGCGCAGCCCCCCUUCUCUCCCCCCGCCCCCCCGCCCGCCUUCGUUUUGGUUGUGACACAUAUAUCUAUUUUUUUAACUCUUGGGUACAACAGAAGUUCGAACUGCAGAGCCUAGGCGUUUGGACUUGUUUUUUGCUUUGAAGUAGAUAUUUAAUCUUUCCAUCCUAGGAAAAACAGCUGCUGAGUCCGAGGGUGCAGCGGAGCAUGGUCCAGUGGCCCCUUCCUCGGCCUUCUGCCACCGCCUUCCAGGCCGACCUGUCCUUGGAGGAACCGGAAACUCCCCAGAGGCCUCCCUGGCACAGGCAGGGAGCGGGGGCGCAGGAGCGGCACCCUUGGGUGUCAGCGCGCCCACUGCCAGGCCUGCUGGGGCAGUGCCUGAGGCACAGUGGCCCAGGAGCCCGAGCUCCCUCCGGGGGACCAGGGCCCUGGCGCUGGCGGCCUCCUUGGGGCCUGGGGGUCCUUUGUUUCAUUUCCCUGCCCUUCUCACCGGAGUGAUGACAGCAUCGCGUUGCUUCUGGGAUGGAAACGUUUCAAUGACAAGUAGGAACAAAGCUCCCAAUGUGAUGAUUGCUAGUUGGGACUGGAGAGUAAACACAGAGAAAGCAAGUUCCUUAGUGCUUCGUCUGCUGGUUGGCAGUUUCGGUGCCAGUAUUUUCUCUAGCCUCCGCCCCCUACUUUUUCCCUUUAAAAAGCUGAGAAAAAGACAAAAGUUCAUCAGGAAGGUAUAACAGGAGUUUUCAUUGAUUUUUGGAUUCUAGUUUCAAUCGCUGUAGAGAAGCCCCCUUAGGAAUUUAAAUACUGACAAAAGGUUUUUUUUUUUUUUCUGUGUGUGUGUCUAUGUUAGACGGGACAGUUUUUCUUUUUUUGGGAUUUUCCUUUCAAGCAUUUAUCUACCUCACUCUUAUUUUUUAUACGUGGAUAUACAAAAAAAAAA